GCCGCUGCACUAUGCCGCAAGUGGAGGGCAUGAGGCAAUGUUGCGGAUGCUCCUCGAUCGGGGACCCGACGUCUCGGCCGCCAACUAUCGAAUGCAGACGCCAUUGCACGAGGCCUCGUCAAAAGGGCAUGAGGCAGUCGUGCGACGACUCAUCGACCGGGGAGCCGACGUCACGGUCAGCGACCGACACUCAAAAACGCCGCUGCACCUAGCCUCAAAUCGGGGGCACCAGUCGGUAGCUCACCUGCUAGUCGACGCGGGGGGCAGACGUCACUGCUCUUGAAUCUUGAUGCAGAUAGGCACACGGCGUUGAAGUCACUUUCUUCUUAUAGGAAACGGGAUUUCAGAUUCGGUCAUUGCAUAUGUUGCUCAUCACGCAAUGAACGGGAGGAAUACGGAAUCGGGCAGCGU